AUAAAAUAAUAAAAUAUCAAAUAUUGCGGAUUUUGUUUAUUUACUGCUCAUAUUCUGCACUCUGGAAUAUUCCUUUCAACAAGGUUAAUAUGGUCGCGCACAGUUAGACGAGAGGAGGGUGGAUCACAUCCCUCAUUAAGUAAAACGAUUUACUUGUUACGGGGAAAGAGAGGGCAUGCAUGAGCCAGUAAGAAGCUGGGGGUUUAUUAGAUGGUUAGACUGGAAAUGUAUCCGUGAUACCGUGGUGGAAAAAAAACUAUUCUUAUGAUAAGUACUAUGGGAUCUUUGGGGACUAUUGGACACUCAUGCAAGUGGCAGGUAAAGAAUGCGCAAAAGCGCUCUUGCUGGAGAGUGGGAGGUGGGAUUUAAAUUCUGCUAAUCCUGUCCUCAAUCUCUCCGGGACAGUCCUGUAGAGAAAGAAUUAGACGGACGGUCGGUUUUGGGACGUGGGAGUAACCUGGUGAUUUCAGAAAACCAUUCAAACUUUCUGGACUCUCGAGCAGACAGCCUAUAUUUCUUAAUGGUUGAUAAGUGUCUAAUUAUAGAAAGGCAUUCGUAUUUACAUGCGCACGCACCGUUUCGACCUAAAUCGAAUGUUUUAAUCCCACUUGAAUACUGCCGGCGAACUGGACGGAGUGAAGCAAGUUUAUUGUCUGGGCCUGAAGAUCUUGUCUGGGGGAUCCAAAUAAACCGUCCAUCAAUGAGUGACACAGAGAACUCCAACGCGGAUUCCAAAUUGGAAUCUGUAAUACAGAGACUGGAGGAGAGUGUGCUGUCAGAAGAGAAGAGGCUAAUCGUCCGAGGCUCUUCUCCUGAAGACCCUCCUACAUGUCUACCUGCACGGGUCCGAGAGAUCGUCACUAAGAACCUCAACGAGAGCGGACCCAUGUCAUCAGUGAUGUCAGUCCAGGAGGAGAACCGGGUGCUACAGGGAGAGCUGGGGAGGCUGGAGGACCUCCUGGCCCAUAGCCGGGCAGAGCGUGAUGAGCUGGCCAUCAAAUACAGCGCCAUCAGCGAGAGGCUAGAGCAGGCGCUACGCCUAGAGGCUGGUGAUGGGGAGGGGGACUCGCCAGAGUGUCGCAGUUUGGCUCAACAGAACGUGGAACUCCGCAGACGUCUGGACGAGGAGCAGGCAGCCUAUAAGCGCAAGCUCACAGCCUACCAGGAGGGCCAGCAGAGACAGGCUCAGCUUGUGCAGAAGCUACAGGCCAAGGUCCUGCAGUAUAAGAAGAGGUGUGGAGAUCUAGAGAAGACUGUGUUAGAGAAGUCCUCAGAACUGGAGCAGCAUAGACUGAAUGGCCCUUGUGAUACGUCCAGCAGCAGUCAUCGUGGAGAUGAGGAUCCAUGCGGAGACCUGGAGAACGCUCUAAUCCGGUUGGAGGAGGAGCAACAGAGGAGCAACAGUCUGUCUGCAGUGAAUUCAAUGCUGAGAGAGCAGCUGGAGCAGGCAGGACUGGCUAAUGAGGCACUUAGCCAAGACAUACGUAGACUCACUGCUGAUUGGUCCAAAUCUAGGGAGGAGCUGGAGCAGAGGGAGUCUGAUUGGAGGAGGGAAGAGGAGUCUUUUCACAGUUAUUUCAGCAAUGAGCACAGUCGUCUGCUUUCCCUAUGGCGACAGGUGGUGGGCUUCCGUAGGCAGGUCUGUGAGCUGAAGAGUGCCACAGAAAGGGACCUGUCAGACAUGCGAAAUGAGAUGGCCCGGGCCUCCCACUCGGUCCAGUCGUCCUGCUCCGGCCUGUCCUCCACGCUACGCAGCCGUGAGGGAGGGGCGGCCCUGGCUCUGGAGCGGGAGGAGGCGCUGCGGGGGAAGCUGGAGGCGCAGCUCAGAGAACGCGUGGCUGAGAUGAUGAGCCUGCAGACCAGGAGAGACGCAGAGAGGGCUGAGCUGAACGCCAGACUGUCAGAUGCAGUGCGCGAGGUGGAGAGGCUGAAAGGACAGAUUGAGGAGAGAGACCGAGACGUAGCCUCUCUGACCAGGAGACUUGAGGAGCAGAGUGGCAACGAUGAGACCGACAUGCAGGUGAUGAGAGCUCACACUGAAACACUGCUGGACACACUCCGAGACAUUGCCCAGACUGUCCUGUCUGAUGGGGACUCGUCAGAGGCAGACCAGGAGAACAGCGAAGCUUCUGUAUUGGCUCUGUUCCGUAGCUCCUCUCCUCGUCGGUCCUUGUCACCACAGCGAUCCAGCUCUCCUAGCCGCUGCUCGUCUUUGGCCCUCAUCCCAGAGGCCAGCCUGUCAGCUCUGCGCUCUGCUGUCAACAGCAGACAUCUCCAGCUACAGGAGGUUCGGGGGCGUCUGUCCUCUGCCCAGUCAUCGGUCCAGACACUGCGCAGGCAGCUCACAGAAACGGAGUCAGCCAGACGAGAGGCAGAGCAACGCUGUCAGAUGCUGCAGGGAGAAAGAGACGGAGUUCAAAGAGAGAAAGACUCGAUGCAGAGGGAGAGAGACCGCCUGAAACAAGACAGGGACACACUGGCCAGUGAUAAGGUGGCUGUGGAGAAGUCCGCCCAAACAGCACUGAUCAAGUCCCAAAUACUGCAGAUGGACUGUGAGAAGCUGCAGCAGGCCUUGACGUCGGCCCAGAGAGAGUGGGAUCACGAGAGGGAGGAGAAAGAGGCAACGCUCCAGGAGAGAGACCUGGCAAAGGCAGAGACUGAGAGAGUUCAGAAGCAGUGGGAGCAGAGUGACAGCCGGGCGUCUGUCCAGCGACGGGAGCUGUCUGCAGUGAGAGAGGCCAAACACCAGACAGAGGUGGAGAAGCAGCUCCUGGAGGAAGAGAAAGCCCAGCUCACUGAGGCUCUGGCCCGGGCUGAAGGCAGUAAUGCUGAGCUUUCUCUGCUGGUCAACAAGCUUCACUCUGAGGAGGCAGCCCUCCGUGACUCUCUGGCCAAGAUGGGCAGCAUGAACGAGGCCCUGGCCCAGGACAAGUCUGACCUAAACUCCAUCAUCAGCCAGCUGGAGGAGGAGAAGAACCUCCUGCAGGCUGAGAAACGCGAAGCCAAGCAAGAGAAGCUGACCAUCAGAGACGAGCUUGUCCGUUUGGAGCAGGACAGGCUAGAGUUGGACUCCGCACGCCUCGCCCUCCACCAAUCCCUGCAGGAGUCAGAGCUGAGCAGGGUGGGGAUGGAGGCGGAACUUCACAGCCUCAGGGCUGAAAAAGUGAAGCUGCAGGACAAAAUCACUCAACUGUGUGGCGAGGUGAGCUCUCUGGGCGCAGAGCUGGGCGUGAUCCGGGGUGAGGAACAGAGGCAGGGCACGGCCCUGGAGGAAAUAGGACGGGAUAGGGCGGACCUGGCCAGAGAGAGGGCGGGGCUGGUGGUCCAGCUGACUGCAUCAGAGAGAGAGAACGCCGCGCUAAGCGAGGAGGUGGCUGCUUUCAGGUCGGAGCGGGAGACCCUGGAGACCAGCCUGUUUGAGGUGCAACAACAGAUGGUGCAGCUGGAGUCCCGGAGAGAGCAGCUGGAGACAGAGAACCAGAGUCUGCGUCUGCGCUGCGAAACCACCACAGCGGAACUGAGGCGCGUGCGCGCGGAGGGGGAGAACAUCCUGGCGCAGAGUGAGAAGGAGAUGGAGGUUCUGCGCCAGGCCCUGAGCAAUACCCAGCAGGAGUCUCAGCAAGCCCUACGCGCCUCCAUCGCUGACCACCAAGAGGAGGUCGAGAGACUGACUGCUGAGAAGGAGACCCUUCGCUGCAGUUUGGAGUCCGAACAUGAGGGGGCGCUGCGGCGGCUCAGAGAGGAUGCAGAGGAGCAGGUCCUUAGGACUGAGAGGGAGCGGGACGAGCUGAGAGCUGAAGUGAGGAGUUUGCAGCACGACAGGGACCAGAGCCUGCUGCAGGCAGAGACCGAGAAACAACAGAUGCUGUCCCAGAAGGAGGCAGAGAAGGCGGUGCUGUCUGAGAGGGUGUCCAUCCUGCAGGCAGAGUUGGGUUCUGCAGCCCUGGAAUUGGAGAGACUGGCCAGGGAGGCAACGCAUCACAAAGACCAGGAGAGGGCCGCAGUGGGAGCUCUGACCACAGAGUUACUGGAGCUGCGCUGUCAGCUGGAGGAGGCUGGCUGUCGUCAUGACAGGGAGUUACAGAGGCUACAGGAGAACUGCACGGACCUGCAGACACACACUGACGCUGCCCUCAAGGAGUUGGAGGAGUGCAGAGCUUCUCUGUCAGCCAGUGAGGAGAGCCGAGACCAGCUGAGGCGGGACAUGCUGGAGAUGGAGAGGCGUCUCAACCAAACCCGGGACACUGGGGAGGGCUACAGAAGGGACGGGGUGGAGUUACGGCGCACCCUCUGUGAUGUCACCAAGGAGCGAGAUACGCUCAGCCUAUCAAACACCCACCUGAGGGAGACAUUGAGAAGUACAGAAACUGAGAGGAUCAGUGUCAAGCGUCAGUGCGAAGAGAGGGACCAGCGGGUGGCUCUUUUGGAGGAGAGCCUGUCGUCUGCUCAGAGGGAGGUGGCGGAGCUCCGCAGCUGUCUCAGAGAGGUCGAGAGGUCACGGCUAGAGGCCAGGAGGGAACUGCAGGAGCUCCGCAGACAGGUGAAGGUGCUCGAUGGUGAGAAGGAGCAGAAAGGCAAGGAGGUAGCUGAGCUGCAGAUGCGCCUCUCCCUGGAGGAGCAGAGAGAAGAGGAGAGAGGGAGGGAGAUUUUCGCUCUCAAACAGAAGCUGGUCGAAGCUGAUACAGCCAGGACCUCCGUCAAGAAAGAGCUGUCCGUCCUCCAGAGGCGUCUGACGGAGUCGGAAUCAGGCUGGCGAGGCUGUGAGAAAGAGUUGACCACGCAGCUGCAGGAGGCCCGGGGUUGUGAGAAGAAGCUCCAGGAUGAGGCCAGGAACCUGUCCCUGCGGGCCCAAACGGCCCAGGACUCCCUGACCCAGUCCAGCCUGCAGCUCAGCGAGGCCCAGGGACGCCUGGCCGCGACCGAGGCAGAGCUGGCCCGGGCUGAAGCCGGACGCAGGGAGCUGGAGUUCCGCCUGGGCAGCCUGCAGUCGGCGUUGACCCGUACCCUGGGCAUUGGGGCAGGGGGGCGGGGCAGCACCAGCGGGGGGAGGGGCCGGAGCCCUGGGGGGAGUUCCCACAGCAGCAUCACACGGCACCGCAGCCUCUCACCAUUACGCUGCUCAUUGUCGCCCCCCAAAGAUUUUGGAGGUUCGACCCCUGACAACACAAUGGGCUUAUCCAGACCCAUCUCCCCAGAACGGGAGGACACACCCCAGCCCGUGCCUCUACCUGAGAUGGACCCAGAGGUACUGCGCUGUGGCCUCCGAGACUUCCUCCAGGAACUCCGAGACGCUCAGAGAGACAGGGAUGAGGCACGCUGCCAGUUGGGGGCGCUACAGAGAGAGUUGGAGGAGGUGACAGGGGAGAGAGACUCCUCCCAGAACCGCCUUUCUCAGCUACACAAAACACUACAGGAGUGGCAGGACGGGAAGCGUGACGUUGAUGGGCGUCUGACUUCCACCCAGGCCAUGCUCCAGCAGCUGGAGGAGAACAUGAGGAGGGGAGAGAGGGAGAGGAGAGCCCUCACUGACAGAGUCAAGGAGCUGGAGAGAGCCCUGCAGACUGCCGAGACUGAGAAGAAACACACACAGGACCAGUUGAGUAAGCAGCGUGCGGGGGAGGUGCGCCUGGAGGCGGAGCGGAGGCGCCUGCGGGAGGCCCUGGAGGCUGCUGAGACCCGGGGAACCAGGGUGGAGCUGGGGAGGCGCAGCCUGGAGGGGGAGCUGCAGAGACUCAAACUGAGCCUGGGGGACCGUGAGGCGGAGGGCCAGGCCACCCAGGAGCGCCACGCCGCUCUACUCAAACAGGUCAAAGAGGGGGAGAGCCGUGUGACGUUGCUCCAGAGAGAGGUGGACAGGCUGAGCCAGGCUCUGUCUAAAGCCCAAGAAGGAGAGGCCUGUCUCAGGGAGAAGACCCAGAGCCUCUCUCAGAGCCUCCAGGAGGCCACUGCUUCCCACAGCGCCACCCAGGGGCGCCUUGCUGCUCUACAGAAGACACUGGGGGUCGCCGAGCAAGACCGCAGGCAGCUACAGGAACGAGUGGAUGGAGCGCGGGCGUCCCUGAACGAGGGGAAGCGAAGCAUGGUGGCACUUACUGAGCGCGUGCAGAGCCUGCAGAAUGAGCUGACCCAGAGCGAGUUGAGACGAGGAGAGCUGGAAACAGAGCUGGCCCAGACACAGGAGGCCCUGCGACAGCGGACCGCCAGUCUGACGGAGGCCCAGCGCAACGCCCAGUCGGCCCAGACAGAGAGGUCCUCUGCAGAGGAGAGGCUGCGCGGGCUUCAGAGGGCCGUGGCAAUGCUGGAGACGGAGAAGAAGGAUGCAGAGAGACAGGCCGUCCGACUCGAGAAGGACAAAAACGCACUGAGAAAUACACUGGACAAGGUGGAGCGUCAGAAGCUGAAGACAGAGGAGGGCAGUAUGCGUCUGUCUGCAGAGAAGGGCCGUCUGGAUCGCUCCCUCAACACUGCAGAGCAGGAACUGCAGGACGCACAGAGACAGAUCGCCCUGCUACAGGAGUUGGUGGACGUUAGAAAGAAAAUCACUCUUUCUAUGGCCCAGCUGGCCGAGAUGGAGCAGUCCCACAGUGUGAAUGAGAGCUCCAUGCGGCAGCAUGACGAGGCGCUUCGCGAGGCGGAGAGGCUGAGGGUCGCCCAGAGGGAGACGGAGAGGACCCUGGCUGCACGGGAGAGAGCCCACCGCCACCGGGUCAAAGGCCUGGAGGAGCAGGUGUCUACUCUGAAGGAGCAGCUACAGCAGGAGCUGAGGCGAAAACAGCCCUCCCUACCCACCUGAUGUCUGCCUGGAAGUGGCUCCGUGUUUAGUAAGAGCACACUAGAAGCUCCAGAACCAUCCUGACAUAAUCAGCUCCUCUGACUUGACGCUACAACGCACGGACCUACUCCUACUCAGGGAGAACCUCGGCAUCGCUGUGGGAGGACACUGUGAAUGACUGGGGUGUAAACGGAGCAGGAGUCCUCAGCUCCAGGUUUCCCUUCCACACAAACACACCGUCAGACCAGCAUAUAAAGGGAAAACACUCUGGAGCCUAAUUUCUAGGAGGUUCUAACAUGCAUCCUUUGUCCUGGUCUUAUCCACAUUCUGAUUGGACCCACAUUCUUAUACAGGUGUCAGUUAUUGAACAGUCAAGAUCAGGAUUUAACAUGGAACUUAGGUGCAGGUGUAAAUGGGCUUCUUUCACUGAGCACUAGAACAGUUCAUCGGCCAUUUGAAGGUACCUUUUUUUUCUUGCUAGUAUUUUUCUGAAAUAGGCUUAUUAUUUUUUCUGGGACCAAUAGACACUACCUUCUAUGUGAAGAACAAAUGAUUGGUCCACAUGAGAGGAAUUGUUUUUGUAUGUUUAGGCUUUUAGAUUUAUAUUCUUGUAGUUAGUUAGAAAUAGCACAUAUUGAAGUGUGUUCAUAACUAUCGGGUGUAUAUAAGUGUACAUGAAUCAGUCAUGUUUGUGAGAGAAUGCAAAAUAACAGUUGUGUGUCUGGAGUAAAUGUGUGUUGAUAAAGCA